AUGAGGGUGUCAUAUGAAGACGUGGACACCCUGCGACUGACACCCAAUCCAACAGCCAUCAUCCUCACAAUGCUGACACUCGAUGCCGCCGCCGACAGUACUCGCGCGUUACGCCCAAAACAGUAG